GACCUUUCAAAGUUAAACUAUCAAUUAAGAUGUCUGAGUUUACGCCUACAAAGCAAAGGUUCUCCUAUCCGAUGUGUAGUUCACCGUAGUAAACUGGGAAAUGGGCCUCUACUAUGAGAACCUGAAGCCCAAGUUCGAAAGUAUCAAUUCCUCUCUCAAGUAUGACAAGAAGGAGGCGCUAUCAGCUUACUCCAGCGUGGAGAUAAAUCUGAAGGCGAAAUAUCCUACCUUGUUAUAUGCCGAUCUCAUCUCUCGAGCACGCGCAGAGCUGUCCGUCGACUUAAAGGCGAGCCAUCUCGUCUGGGGACAAUCCUGAAAGUAACUAUAGCGACCUCUUCGGGUAACACUGAGACAGGCCUAAAAACUUUUGCUAUCACUGCAGUCGGUACUUCUGCUUCAGCGAGAACUGGGCUUGAUCCACACGCGGCACUCUGAGGACCUAGUGGCGGUCGAAUACGGUCCCGUAGACAUUCUGCAUACAUAUCAUGGCGACGAAAUUAACGUAUCCUUCGGAAACCGAAUAACCCGUGACCAACUGUCAAAUUGUUAUAAGCGUGAAAGCAACAGUGAUCCUAUCUGAAUAUGCUCACCUUGAUAUCCACAGCCUGUUGUAAAUACAGAGCAACGUCCAGCUCUUACGCCUCGAGAUAAGGACCAUUCUUAACAAAGCCGAGGACAGUAGAGCGACUUGAAUCCCAUCUACUCCGGCACGUAGAAGGAGCACGAUAAACGACUUCUCCGUUCUAUAUCGCGUUCAACCGGAGCCGGGAGACAUUACCAUCAUGGCUCUGGGUCACUGUGGAUAGUGCGUGGG